AUGUCAGAAAGUUUGCGUGGCUCCAAAUCCUCCAGUUCGCGUAACAACAGCAGCAGUAGUGGCAAUAGCAGUCAUGGCAGAAAUCAUGACAGCAUACCUCACAAAUUCAGCAGUAUUGUCAAUAAGGUGGAGUCCUUAAUAAACAAAAUGAAUUAUGACAAACAUAAUCAUACCAGUCGCAAUGACGCCGAUAAAUACACCAGCUCUCACAAGGAAAGCAAACGAAAAGCUAAAAUCAAACAGCAGGACUACAGACAUAAUAACAGAUACGAGCACAGCGCGGCUUUGAAUGGCAGCCAACGGACCACAUCCAUAGAUUCUCUAAACAACCUUACAGAUGUAGAUGUGGAUAGUUUCGAUGAUCAUGAUACGAAUGAUACCACAACUACCAAUACGACUACAACUAUAAAUACAUCAACAACCAAUAACACUAACGACAUAUAUUCCGAUUCAGAUGAUGCAGAAAUUGCUCAUAUAACAGGGACUACGUCCGUUCAAGUCCACAGACGCAUUGAACUGGACCAGUUAACUGACGAGACUAUACGUGAGUUUAAUGAGCAGUGCUCUUCACUAAGUCACGAUAUGGAAUUCUAUAACUCAUGGCAAAAUGAAGAAGAACUGGAACAAGCAACCACUCUCAAGCAAUCACAGGAUGACAUUUAUGACGACUCUAUUCAACAUGAGUUCAAUAGUUGCCCCCCCAACACUACAAUUGAUCAGCAAAUCAACACUAAAGAUGCCAACAAUAACGAAUGCUCUCCCUCGGAGGCUGACACACAAGACUGGCUGGACAAAUUGAAUGAUGAAGUGAAUGAUGAAGAGCAAGUGGAUAAUCAUCAGGAAUGUAAAACGGAAACAAAUAUACCUUUAACCCACAUACAACAGAUUGUUAAUAACAUAGCACAGCAGCAAAUUUGCCAUUUGAAAGAUUUACACAUUAAGCAAAAUUUAAAUGAAAUUGAAAUUGACAAUGCAACAAUUGACGAUUGCAGCAUUAGUUUGAGCAACAGUCUUACCAACCAGACGGCGGCUGCAACAAAUGGCAAUGUGGCGAAAACCCGCCGUUCCAGCGUUGCCUCCAGUGGUUCAGUGGGACGCAUGGAAACAAUAUUGGAGGAACCAACGGACUGUAAAAUUUCUGUAAAGGAAAUUUUACAGCGUUUUGAAACAAUGAACAAAAAUGAGGUACAUUCCAUUAGUACGAUAUCUAACUAUCAUCAUAUGUAA